CGAACAUAACCCCGUUUUCGCCUCCGGUAUUACCGAAAACGAACAAAGUUGCUUACGGGGAGAGCACCCACCGAUUCCGAUCCAUCUUCUUCCAUGGCUAUGGCGACCUCGAGCUCCACCUUCAUCGCUUCUUCUUACACUUCUCCUUCUUUGUUUCCAUGCCGGUCCAGGUUCUUGGAGUCGGAGUUCGUUGCUCAUGUCCCUCACCGCUGCUUUGGUGGUGCUGCUAGGCUGACUUUCUGGCGGAAAUGGAAUAUCCUGAGUGCAUCAACCAAUGGUUUGAAUGCAGUCAGUCCAACAUCAUUGAUUUUUGAUCAAGAUAGUGUGCCAAUGCCCAUAGUUCUCAUAGAUCAAGAUUCAGAUUCUAAUGCAACUAUAGUGGAAGUCAGUUUUGGCGAUCGUCUUGGAGCUCUUAUCGAUACGAUGAGAGCAUUAAAAGAUUUGGGUUUGGAUGUGGCGAAGGGAACUGUUAGUACAGAGGGACCAGUCAAGCAAACAAAGUUCUAUCUGACAAGAUUAGACUCGGGCCGGAAAGUAGAAGAUCCUGAUUUGUUGGAGAGUAUUCGUUUAACCAUCAUCAACAACCUUUUGAAGUAUCACCCGGAAUCUAGUCAACAGCUUGCAAUGGGAGAGGCUUUUGGAAUUCAACCUCCAGAGAAGAAGCUUGAUGUUGAUAUUGCAACUCAUGUUCACGUGAAAGCUGAUGGACCUAAAAGGAGCCUACUUUGUUUAGAGACAGCAGACCGACCUGGAUUGCUGCUUGAAGUUAUAAAAAUACUUGCCGAUAUCAAUAUUGAGGUUGAAUCAGCAGAGAUAGAUACAGAAGGGUUGGUCGCCAAGGACAAGUUUCAUGUCAGUUAUGGGGGAGCUGCACUGAAUAGUUCCUUAUCUCAGGUUGUGGUAAAUUGUCUACGUUACUACCUGCGGAGGCCGGAGACAGACAUAGAUAGUUACUAAGAUCUUGAGGAACAUCAUCUCAAUGUAAGCUUUGAAACUGUUUGAUGAGAGCUCAUACACGUUGGAUCUCAAGUUCUCUGUCAUUUCCAGAAUUUUAUAAUUUGAAAUUUCGAGCUACCAUAUGAUAUGUGAGCUGAUUAACUCAAAGUUGUUCAUCUUCAUCCUUAGAUCUUAUUUCACUUUGUAUAGAUUUGAAGAAUCAGAUGUUGUCACACAACAAAUGCUAUCUUCCAUGUCUGUUAACAUCUGUCCAAGACUAAGCUUCCAGGGGUAUCAUAGUUCCCACUUACCAAAUUAAUAAAAUGGGGGUUGAAGAAAUAA